AUGAUGCCAUCCGGUCCAAGUAAGAAGGAGGAAAAGUACUCUCUCCUGAAAGAUGAGACCGGGAGAGAGUCCUACGAAGAAGAAGAAGCACCACGGCCAUCUUCAUCGUCGUCAUCAGUCGAUCAAGAGUCCGGAGCCGUCAAAGUGAAGAGGCAGCUCCGGAUACCAUGGCAAUUCGACCCGGCCUGGAAGUCAUGGUAUCUCUUUGUCCCCCUCGGCCUCAUCUUCUUCAUCCUCGCGGGGCUGGCUUUCUUCCCGUCAUGUGAGCCGUGCCGCAAACAAGACACAUCCGGCUACGUCUGCGCACCCAACGGCGCCCUCCCCAAGAUCGCCCGCGACAGAGGCUGCGAGUUCGACACCAUGUCGUUCAAGUGGUACCCCAAGGAGGCCUUCAACGACAAGGACAACCAGGCGCUCCUCAGGGAGUUCCACGAUCAGGGCCCGUGGCACAGGUACUACGACAAGGGCGGCAAGCACGAGAUCCCGCCGACCAGCGAGGUGCUGACCGCGGGUUGGGUGUCGAGGAAGGAGCACACUUUCCACUGCAUGUACACGCUGAGGCAGACGCACCUGUGGCUCAUCAACGGCUACGACGCCCCGUGGAACUACACGCACACGCUGCACUGCACGAAGUAUUUGAUGGACACGAUUUUGGAGAACCCGCCGAAGGACUUCGACGACCUAAGUGUUCAUGGAACGCCGUGGCCGGAGCACCCUGAUGUGGUGAAGCCAUACUAUCCUUGCAAGCAAGAGGGACUGAGUUGUGAGUCGUGGUGA